GCCAAAAGGCACGGCAGCCCCAGAUUCUCCCGACUGACCUCCCUUUCUGGCGUUGACCAUAUUGCUGUACCUUGCUAGUCUGGAGAGGCACAACAGGAAAUGCGGCGGGAUGUCCGCAUACUGCUGGUCGGGGAUGAUGGUGUGGGAAAGAGCACAAUAGUCACAUCAUUCAUAAAGGACUACUAUGUUCCUCAUGUGCAAGCCGUCGUGCCCGAAGUAACGAUCCCACCGGAGGUCACACCAGAGAACGUGACGACGUACAUCGUGGACUCGUCCGCUCGGUCGCAGGACCGGCAGCGACUAGAUUCAGAACUUAGAAAAGCACACGUCAUAUGCGUUGUGUAUGCUAUCGACAAUCCGCAUUCUUUUGACCGCGUUCCAACCUACUGGCUGCCAUACAUCCGGAGUGUUGGAGUUAAUGUACCUAUCAUUCUGGUCGGGAAUAAGAUUGAUCUACGAGGAGGUGAGGUUACGAAUGAAGCGUUGGAGGACGAGAUCUUUCCUAUAAUGUCGGAGUUCAAGGAAGUGGAAACAUGCGUGGAAUGCUCGGCAAAGCUUCCCCUGAACGUGUCUGAGGUGUUCUACUUCGCGCAGAAAGCUGUACUGCAUCCCACAGCACCGUUGUACGAUUCAAGAGAGCAUGUUCUAAAACCCGCAUGCAUUGACGCGCUUAAGCGUAUAUUCAAACUUUGCGACGUAAACAAAGAUGGUAUUCUUGAUGCUCAGGAGUUGGAUGAAUUCCAGAUUAAAUGCUUUUCUCAGCCUCUUCAAGCACAGGAGCGAACUGGCAUAUUUGAGAUGGUCGCGCAGGGAAUCCCGGAUGGAAUUCGGGAUGAAGGAAUAACCGAAGCGGGGUUCCUCUACUUACAUACGCUCUUUAUCCAGCGUGGAAGGCUAGAAACGACGUGGACGAUUCUCCGACAGUUCGGAUAUGGUGCAGAUUUGAAGCUGACCGAGUUAUUUCUAUCACCGAAGUUCGACGUCCCGUCGGACUGCUCUGUUGAGCUCAGCCCGAGCGGAUAUCGGUUCUUGACCGACAUCUUCGAGAUGCAUGACAAGGACCAGGACGGGGCUCUCCGACCUGAAGAGCUGGAUAGCUUGUUUAGCACUUCCCCUGGUUGCCCUUGGACGAAAGACGGCUUUCCAGAAACGACGUUCACCAAUGACAGAGGAUGGGUUACUCUACAGGGUUGGCUAGCACAAUGGAGCAUGACUACGUUGCUGGACCACAAAACGACACUCGCAUACCUCGCACAUCUCGGAUACCCCCUGCCCUCAACCAUCAUACCUUCAUCAUCACCUUCAACUGCCACAACUUCCGUCAGCACGACGACAGCCCUCCAAGUCACCAGACCUCGACGUUCGGAUCGGAAAGCAAGGAAAACCUCGAGAAAUGUGUUUCUUGCUUACGUGCUUGGCGCCGGUGGAAGUGGCAAGUCGAGCUUGUUACGGAACUUCGUGGAUAAGCCGUUUACAACGGAAUAUCAACCUACCCGGUCGUUGUUGAGCGUGGUAAACGCUGUGGAGGUGGGAGGCAGGGAGAGAUACCUCGUCUUGCAAGAAUUCGGUUCAAAAUACGAAUCUGAAGUCUUGCGAAAUCAAAAGAAGUUGGACAUGGCUGAUGUUAUCGUCUUCGUACAUGAUUCAAGUGAUACGAAUUCCUUCUCAUACAUUAGCAACCUACGACAACAAUACAGUUUGGAUUCGUUGCCAAGUCUCUUUGUAGCGACGAAGAGUGAUCUUGAUCUUGCUCAGCAGCGACACGAAGUGCAACCCGACACGUACUGUCGUCGUUUGGGCCUGCAAGUACCUGUCGCUGUGAGCGCAAGGACGGGGCAGAUUGCGGACCUGUUCCAAACCAUCUGCCGUAUAGCGAUGGAUCCGGUUCACGCCAUCCCUGGCGGAGACCGUUCCCUCACGCUGGCCUCGAGGUUGAAAUACUUCGCUGUCGUGUUAGGAGUGGCUACCACCGUGUCUGCCGGCGCGAUCUUCCUCUUCCGUGCCCUCUUCCGCCCGCCCGGUGCUGCGCUUGUCGGCCUAGGAUGGAGUUGGCUGCCAAUCAGUAGACGCGAGUUAUGACCCCUUUUCACGACCGCUCAAGUCCCAAGGUACAUUACUACGUUAGACCGCACUGUUAUCAUAAUUUCCUUGUUAU